CUUGCCCACCCCUGAUAAUUAUAUAAAUUUCAACGAAUGCAUGAUUAAAAUGAACACAUGGUUUAACCUUGGUACAUACACAUGCAGCUACUGGAAGAAGUUAUGCAACGGCAUAUCGUCUAUAUUUGUAUGCAGCGGAAUAUGAAUUAAUUUAUGCAUUAUAGAGGUGACCUGGAUCUUCAUUUUUUGAGAUUCAAUCCGUCCAAAUCCAAUUCACCCAAAAAUUUCAGAUCCGAUCCAUCAAAAUCCAGUUGGAUUUGAUCAGGCCAUGCAUUAUCCAAAAAAUGGAUAUCCAGCUCACCUCUAAUGCGUUAGCAGAAUGCAUAUGUACCUCUACCUGACAAUGCGAAGAGGAGCUGUCCAUACAUUACGUAAUGCAAAAAUCCCGAUUUUCUAUUUAGACCUCCGUUAACAUUUGUAGCAUAGGCGGGAUAUCAUUGGAGCCUUAAAGCCACCCUCUCCUUCUCUUACGUUGCGUAACUUAUGGACAGCUCCAGAUUUUCCUGGCCGAGAUGCGAUCGAAAAUAGGAUAAUAGGAAUUUUUUUUGAAAAUUCGACGCCCGAUUCAGUCGGGUUUACCCAUUCGUGUUUGGGAUUAAACAAUUUAAGAAAUCGGCCGGGUUAGAUUUGGUCCCACAAAUAGAAGUGCAGGUCAAAUCUUAAAAAAACCUCGUCCCAUAUUACAUCUGGUUCUUUGCUAUACGAUCAAAUUUGGACAGGACCAGGACAAAUUCAAAUUUGUUCAGUAUUAAAAGUUACAUAAAACACACCUCAACAGAUUUUUAGGCAUAUAAAUUUUACCACUUUUUUGGUACGAUUUGAUAAAAAUUCGUCAUUUGUUGUUGAUAUUACGAAUAACAAAUCCAUGGGCAAAAUAUGUAAGUAAAUAUUUGCAUCAGUAAAGCCGGAAAAUAGUACGAGAUCAGAUUUAAAUCCUGUGUGAAUUAUAACUAUAAGUUCAUUACAUGAUGCAAAAUGAAUGCUAAAUAAAUAUUCGUUGCUGUUGACAACCUUAAGCGUCAUGAAUAAACACCUUGCACCAAAUGGGAUGUCAUUGUCAUGCAAAUUAUACAGAUGUAUAUACAUACAUGUGUUUGUGUAUUUAUCCAGAAUAAGCAUACUAAAUAAACAGUUUUGAUGGGAUUUCAAACCGUGGAGGUGCUAAUUUUCAGUCCAACUUUACUUCUGGUACAUACAUACAUAGUUGGAAAUAGCUUGAUUAAAGUUUUGUAAAAAAUAUUCCUAUGAAAUAUUUCCCAAAUUUUAAAAUAAUGAAUACAAUCCAAACUUUCGUUUUGCUCCUUCUCCUGUCUUUCACAGGAACCAAGGGCAAAAAAGGUCACGAGGAUUGGGGAACUUACGGAAAUUCGGUAAUAUUGAGCGGCUACAAGACUGCUCCUGGUCAGUUUUCCCACCAGUUGGCUGUCGAAUACCAUGACUACCAGGUGUGCAGUGCGGCCUUGAUUGGUCCCAACGUGGCACUAACAGCAGCUCACUGCGUUGCCGGUAAAGAUGUCGAAUAUCUCACCCUAGUUGCCGGCCGGCGCUACCAAAACCUCCACGAUCUUAAGGAACAGGUCAGAAAAAUUGAUAGCAUUGACAUCCACGAAGCAUACAACGGGUCCACCUGGCUAACCAGUAAUGACGAAGUGAACGAUAUUGCCUUGCUUCAUGUCGAGCGGGAAAACCCGUUCGAAUUUACGGAUCACAUUUUACCCAUCGCAUUACCCCAGAAAACCAACGCGGAAACUAAAAAACCGAGUCGCUCAAUGCUCUCGGGGUGGGGCGUGCCCCAGUCCGGCGGGCUGCCUUCGAAUGACCUCCAAUACGUUGUUCUGGAACCGAUUAGUGACGAAAAGUGUCAAUUGCUCCAUCCAGAAAUGACGAUUCGCGAGACCAUGUUAUGCGCGCAGUAUACCCCGAACGGGAAUAAUACUUGCCUCGCGGAUUCGGGAGGUCCCCUCGUAUCCAUGAAGGACGGGAAUCUAGUAGGAAUUGCGAGUUAUGAGUUUGGUUGUGGUUAUCCGGAAAGAGCAGUAGUUUUUACAGAGGUGGCGCACUAUGUGGACUGGAUUCUGGCUAAAAAAUCCGCCACCGAGACGAUCUCCGGCUGCCGGACAAUUUACCGGCCGCCAAGUCGUGAUUGCAGGUGGGGAACGGGGCUGGAUUUGGACACAGAUUUGACCGUUUUGGGAGCUAAGAUUCAUUCCUACGGCAUUCUUUGGUUUUCUAGACGCUGGUCUAGUUUAUAUAUUAAAGGAAAAGGUGACAUCGACUGGCACAUGACAGACCAAAGUAGUUGUAACGGUGUUCAAAAUGGACUCGAUAAGCCGAGAAGAUUAUGGUCAUACUUUGAAGAUCACUCACAUUAUUACAAAAUUUGCGACGAUAUGUAAUUCUAAAAUACGUGUGAAUUAAAAAACCCGAAAUUUUAAAAAUAUGCGGAUGUAUCUAUGUACUUAAAUAAAUAUCAGUGUGUAACUUUGCACGAAAAUUGCAACCUUG